AUGGCUCUAUUCGUUCGUGCCAAUGACGCUUUACAUGUCAAUCCCCCUUAUGGGCCGGAUGAGACGCUGUCUCUGGCAGGAUCCGAUUGGCUUUGGGCAGUCAUGGCAGUUCACUUGCUCGCAUUCCUUGUACUCCUAGUCUUCUGUUUCACCACCCCAGAGAGUGAUAGGGUGUUCCAUUACCUCUUCACCAUCACUCUCCUUGUCGGCACUGUAACAUACUACGCGGAAGCUUCUGAUCUAGGCUGGGACUCAGUCAAGCAGGCCGAUCAGCUCGGCAACGGCUCUUCUCGCCAGAUAUUUUACGUCAAGUAUAUCAACUGGGCUGUCGCCUUCCCAUCUGUCAGCCUUGCGCUGGGCCUCCUAUCCAACCUCUCCUGGACCACCAUCGUUACAAACAUAGCUACGUCUUUGCUCUGGGUGGUGACUUACCUCGCCGCCGCCUACACUACAACAAGCUAUAAAUGGGGCUUCUUCGCCUUUGGGACUCUGUGCUGGAUCAUCCUCGCCAUGAGCACGCUGAAUGAGAGCCGCGAAGCAGCGUCACGAAUUGGCAUUUCUCGGGACUACAUGAUGCUCUCUGCGCUGGCAAAUUUGUCCUGGGCGCUGUACCCUGUUGCUUUCGGGCUUAGCGAUGGCGGCAAUGUCAUGGGGGUUACCGGCAGCUUCAUCUUCUUUGGCAUUCUCGAUAUCCUAGCAGGGCCGGUGCUUGCAUUGCUGUUCAUGAUGCUAGCUCGCAAGUGGGAUUUUCGCCGUUUGCAUCUGGCUUUCAGCGAGCACCGCUACGCCCCGGAAGAUGAUGGCACUGGCUUGCCGAAAGGAAGCGAGACUGCAAGUCCCGCCGGCAAUGGUUCCACUGUCAAGGUUUAG